AUGGAGGGCGAUCUGGAAUCUUCAGGCCAACAUGGUAAGCAGCCUGCGUGUCUGAACUGCCGGAGGAGCAAGAUACGUUGUAAAAGACCGGAGGGGCAUGCUCGCUGUGAGAAGUGCAGGCUUCGCGACGUCGAAUGUAUUGUCUCGAGUCACAGUUUGGGACGGCAGAAGGGGGUCAAGAACAAGCGGAAAGGGUUGGAAAAAGCCAUUCAUCAGAUCGAACAGGCCAUCAAGCGGCCCAAACUUGAUGAUCGGCUUGAGCCAGAUGAGGCCCAGAAAGCCAUUUUGGAGCUGCAGGGGCUCCUCUCUCGCUUCCAAGGCCAACUUCGAAGCGAGGCAGAAGGCGAAUCGGAGGACCUGACCGAUGAGAAUGGCCGCGUGCGGAAGCUACCGUCUCCCUGUGACCCAGUUGUAGAUGAAAGCUUGAUGCUGGAUGAUGCAGAGAAUCCUCUUCAGCUGCUUGCCAGGGCAUCGGAUUUGCAGCUCUCACCGAACGGGGUUGGUCGGGCGCCCAAGACUCCGCAGCUUCCAUUCAUAGCGCCUUCGACGGCGCCGCAGGAGACGACUUCACCUGUGGACUCAGAUGUGAAGUCUUUCUUUGUACCCACUAGGGCAAGUCUCGAUAUUGGUCCGGAGCUUGAUCCUGUAGACUUGGGACUAGUGACUUUUGUCGAAGCGGAGUCUCUAUUUUCUUUCUUCUACCAUAAUCUCGCACAUACGAGAUGGGGUCUGGAUCCCUUGGUGCAUACAGCGGUAUUUGUGCGGUCCCAGUCGGCCUUCUUGUUUACGUCUAUUCUGGGAGCAGCGGCGUUAUUCAUGCCUUCUGCCGCAGCUUUGUCGAAGAGACUACUCCGACACAGCAAAUGGCUCGCGAAAAAGGUGGUGACACACCGAUUCCGAUCUGUCGAGAUAGUCCUCGCAUUCAUAGUGAAUGUACCCUGGAUGGCGCCAGGAGAGAGACUGGGCGAUGACGAUACUUGCUCGUAUAUUGCGAUGGCCCUUACCGUGGCUUUAGAUCUGUCACUUAACAAGAUCGUGACUCCAUCGUCCAGUUACAAUCAAGACCUCCUCGGCCGCCUGGCGCGUGCUGACUGUAUCGAUGCUAAGAGGGCUAUGUACAUGGAUGGAUUUGAUGACGUUGACCCUAAUUCGGAACGGGGUCGUCGACUACUACGUCGGAGAGAACGUAGCUGGAUUGCGCUAUUCGUCGUUGAGAGGGGUGUCUGUCUCGCGCAUGGACGAAGCUACACUGUGCCCUUGACGGCAUUGAUUGAGCAUUGCGAUACAUGGCACCAAUCAGACAUUGCCGACCAGCGGGAUGGACAAAUGAACUCAAUGGCUGUUCUGAGAAGAGAUCUUGAUGAUUUGUUCAGACGAGUCAAGUCCAGCUGCGACAGCUACCGGGUUAUAGACCCCGGGUCUCAAGCAGCCCAAUCCAUAAAGUCUACAAUAGAGAGCUUUUACGAGCAAUGGUAUGCAACCUGGGGUUUAGCUAUCAGCGAAGGAGGAACACGAUCUCUCCCUCCAUACGUGGAAAUCCUGGUAACACAUACCCAGCUUUCUACCUACGGUGGAGUCAUCAACCACCCUACUGCACCCUUAGAAGUUAAGCGCUUUUUCCGGGCAGCCGGUCUCUCGGCAGCACUGAAUGUACUCCGUGCGGCUAUACAAGGCGAAGGACGACUCAAGUCUAUGCCCAAUAAUACCGUCAUCAUGAUAUCCUACGCCGCAUGCUCUGCACUUAGUCUCAGCAUUACCCCCGGCGACGGUAAAUCAAGCCUCGCGCCCAGCGUGCGGGCUCUAAUCGAAGAGACAGCCGCGGUUUUAGAGCGGAUCGGAGCAACUCCAAGCCACAGAAAAGGUGCCUCUGUACUAUAUGGGAGAUUUCUCCGCGAAAUCGUCCGCCGCAGCCCUGCAAUACCAACAGCGCCACAGACCUCGCACGUGGAUAGCUCAGAUUUGUUGGUUCCGGUUGCUCCUUUUGGUGAGCAGGGACACGCUUCAACGGUCACACAACCUGCCAUGCACCAAAUGGAUCUGUGGACUGAACCAUUGCAGUUCUCGGCGAUGUCAGAUGACCAGAUUGUUGACGCUGUGAAUCGGGCUGGGAGCAUGUUUGGGGCCUCAAUUCCAGAUGUGCCUGUAGACGAUAUGCUGAGCUGGGAUUGGUUUGAUUUUGCGAGCACCGAGUUCGGAUUCUAG